UAGCUGACGUGUGCCUGGCCAAAAUACUACAAUCAUUGCAAUAGUUUAAAUAAAAGUUUUUUAUUCGUGUUUUUUUUUUUUAACAAAACAUUUCAUCAUUUGUUGUACUAAUAAAAUUUAAACAAAAUUAAACUGCUUAAGGCAGUGUAUCGCUUAAUAAAAUAGUUAAAUUUAUAAAAAAGAAACAUAAGAUAAAAUAACGCCAACAUGGCUUUGCUGACAAUGAUAGCUAGAGUAAUUGAUGGCCUACCUUUGGUGGGCACUAUGCAGGACGAUGAACAGAGUGGCCGCAGUAUUAUGGAAUAUCAAAAUCAAGCCAAAAUGUUAUUUCGUAAAUUGGGUUCACAUUCACCGGCCCGCUGUAGUAUAGAAACUGGACCAUAUCUAUUCCACUACUUAAUCGAAAACGAUGUUUGUUAUUUAGUUAUGUGUGAUAAAAUGUAUUCCAAACGUUUGGCUUUUAACUAUUUGGAAGAUUUAGCCCAAGAAUUCCAUGCCAAUUAUGGCCGUAAAGUUAAUUCAGUGACACGACCUUAUGCUUUUAUCGAAUUCGAUGUUUAUAUACAAAAGGCCAAAAAACAACUCACCGAUCGUCGACGCAAUAUAAAUACCAUUAAUACCCAGUUGCAGGAUGUUCAAAGAAUUAUGGUGCAAAACAUCGAUGAUGUCCUCCAACGUGGCACAGUUUUAUCAGAACUCGAUACCAAGACCCAAAAUCUUUCCAUGAUGUCGCAGAAAUAUAAAAAAGACGCCACCUAUUUAAAUCGUAAAUCUAUGUAUGUCAAAGCAGCCGCUGCCGGUAUUGUUGUUAUAGUAUUUAUAUUAUAUUUCUGGGUUUUGUAAUAUUGCUAAAUUAAACAACAACAAAAACAAAAACAGCAACUACAAUAAUAACUAUAACAAGAAAACCACAAUAAACAUUACAACACGUUAAACAAAUGCUAUAAAUAUAAGGAUAAAAAACAAGUUAAAGUAAAUUUUGAAAAGCAAAAGAUAAAAAAAUCCUUUAAUUUCUAAUUUAAUUUAUGUUUGAACUCAAAUUCCUUUUAAUUUAAAAGAUAUUUUUUUUAUUUGUCGUUAUUGUUUUUCUUUCA